UAGCUGCGGUGUAGCGUGAACAGCAAAGCGAUUAAAUUCAGUCUUGUUUGAAUUGUGCGUUGAGAACCUCAGUAUACACAGUAAUAAACCUUUGCUUUGUUAACAUACUCGUACACAUACUCAUCUCUAAAAAAUCUAAGGGUGUUGUGUUACACUCUUUUUGCUACUUUCAUCUAAUAAUUUCAUUCUACGAGAACUAUUUUAGUCUGAUUUUAUUUAGAGUUUUCACGUAUGAAAAAAAAUUCAUUAACUAGCAAUGAUCACGAGUUGUGCGAAAAGACGUGCUCUUCAGAGUAAUUCCAGUGAACUGAACCGUUUUAUGGAAAAAUUAGUGGGAAAAAUAUUUAGCUUCUACGACGAACAGUCUCUAAUCGAUGUGACAUUUAAAGUAUCAAACCCAACGGCUGUUGUACCCGCGCAUCGUUUGAUACUCGCAGCAGCGAGUCCAUACUUUGAGAACCUUUUCAAUAGCGAUCAAGGCAAUAAUCCCGACAUCGAGAUAAAUGAUAUUGAUAGCGAUAUUUUUAAGGGUCUAAUAACCUUUUGUUACACCGGAGAGGCCCUCAUUACCGUUAACAACGUCGGUGCUAUGCUAAAGGCGGCAGUCAUCUUGCAAUUGGAAGAUGUCAUAAAUAAUUGUGCGGACUACCUAAAGACACAUAUCAAUGAACACACAUGGCAGGCUGCUUACACGCUUGAGCGAGAAACGCAAUGUGAACGGCUUCGGCAAAAACUCAUCGAAUAUGAAAUAAAGAACUUCAUGGAAAUCAGUCGACGCGAUGAGUUUUUGAAUUUUGAUGUAGAAAAAUUGCAACGUAUUCUGGAAUCUGACAAUUUGAAUAUAACUCGUGAAGAAGAUGCCUACGAUGCCAUAAAACGCUGGUUCAAUUACGAUGUAUCUGCACGUCAAGAGUCACUGCCACAUUUAAUAGCUUGUCUCCGGCUUCCCCAAUUCGAUGCGGACUUUCUGUUGACACAUAUUCAGUCGUUACCUGGUUGUGAGCUGCUGGCCUUCAAGGCGCUAACGUGGAUCGGAGAGCCUGCAGCACGAACAAAGAUAAAUAUGCGAUUCACAGAACCACGUGUUACUUGUGAGAAAACAUUCCUGACGCUUGCCUCAACCAAGAUGAAUCACAAUCUGCUGCAAUAUAAUAAAGCUGAGGAUAAGUGGCAAGAAUACGCGAGUUUAGAAAUCGAUUACACAAAUUAUUGGCCGAUUUUAAAGGAUGAAAAUAUAUUAUUUAUUGGUGGCUAUAAAAGUGGUGUAUCAUGCAACAUCGUCCGCAGCUUGAAUAUACGAAAUAAGACAUGGCAAAAUUUGUGCGCCAUGAAGCAAGCAAGAUGUGGACAUUGUGUUGUCGAAUUAGAUGGUAAAAUCUACGCGAUUGGUGGUUUAGAGGGUAUCAAGGUUUUGUCGUCGGUGGAAAGAUAUACGCCAUCCAGUGGUUGGGAGUCCCUGAGCAGUUUGAAUGUUGGACGGUUCGAUGCCAGUGCAGCGAUUUUGAAUGGUAAACUUUACUUACUGGGCGGUAGAAAUAUUAAUGGAGCCCUAAAACUCAUCGAAUGCUACAAUCCGGAUUCGAAUACUUGGACUUCUUGCGCUGAUAUGAUGGAAUGUCGCGUUUAUCCUGAUGUGUAUGCACAUAAGGGUCAUAUUUAUGUUUUAGACAAGUAUUCUGCUAACCGUAGGCAAAGUGUUGAACGUUAUGAUCCUGAGCGAAACACGUGGUCUAAGAUUUGUUGUCCUGACUGGGCUCGAAUUGCAGGCAUGUCGUUAGACAAUAAGCUUUGGCUUUUUGGUCCUCUUGAAUCUGAGGACAUAUCAAGUGUAUCAAUUUAUGACGAGGACAAUGACCGAUGGGUAAAAAAGCGCUCAUUACCCAUAGUAAAGGAAUAUACCCCCUUUAUUGUGCCUGUAGCCUUACUAUCGUCCAAAUGAAUAAAUAAUAUUAUUAUAUAUUUUUUUAAAUAUUUUUCUUAUAAGAAAUACAAUAAA